AUGGGUAUUCCUGGCCUCAUUAAUGCCAUCGGGGCAGGAGAGCGUAUCUCAUUGGCAAAAGUGGCUGUGACGCACCUGGAACGGACAGCAAGGCCAAUUCGGAUCGCCGUCGAUAUUUCUAUUUGGCUAUUCCAAGUCCAAGCUGGCAGAGGGGGAAGAAAUCCCGAAUUGCGAACUCUAUUUUAUCGACUGCUCAAAUUACUUGCAUUACCAGUUCAUCCUCUUUUUGUCUAUGAUGGAAAGCAAAAACCUGCUUUUAAAAGAGGCAAAGCAGUUUCAGCACGCAGUUACGGCAGUGCCCCCAUCAUCAGACGCUCAAAAGACCUCAUUGAGCGAUUCAGAUUUCCAUGGCAUGAGGCACCCGGCGAAGCAGAAGCCGAGUGUGCACGCCUGCAGCAGGCCGGGAUUGUUGAUGCCGUCAUGAGUAAUGAUGUCGAUGCUUUGAUGUUUGGGUCAUCAUUGACCAUCAUGAAUUUUUCAAAAGAAAAUGGAAGUGGCACAUCUUCUGCAACUCAUGUUACAUGUUAUGCAAUGGGCCAAAACGGGCACCCUUCAAAUAUACCACUCGACCGUCCAGGAAUGAUUCUAUUUGCCAUGCUCAGUGGUGGUGAUUAUCUUCCAUCUGGUGUGCCCAAAUGUGGCAGUAAACUCGCCGCAGAAAUUGCCAAGGCUGGGUUCGGUGAAGAUCUGCUACAAGAGCUGGACUCGGAUUCGGUCGAAACAGGGUUACGUGAGUGGAGAGAACGUCUUCAGUAUGAACUGGAAGAGAAUGAGAGUGGCUACUUUUCGACAAAACACAAAGCCGUCAGGAUUCCUGAAAUAUUCCCCGAUCGAACGAUUCUCGAGUAUUAUGCACAGCCAAAAGUCUCCAGCGAAGAAGAAAUGUCAAGCCUAAGAAGCCGUCUUACGCAGGCCUGGGAUCGCGAUAUUGACCCCUUGGCAAUCAGAACGUUUACUGCAGAUAACUUUGAGUGGAAUUAUAGAUCAGGCGCAAGGAAAGUGAUCAAGCUGUUAGCCGAGCCUCUUGUCUCAUACCGACUCCGCCUACAGCGACCAGUGCGAGGCGUGGCCCCGGGAUUCUCUUUCGUCCCUGAAUGUCCACCCACUUUGCAAAAAGCCUAUAAAGCUCGGACAAGCUUCGGCACGGACGCAAUGCCAGAACUGCAACUGGAUAUGCUACCCAUAGAUGUGGUGGGCUUAGAUCUUCUCGCCGAAGAACCAAACCCACCGUUUCCAUCCGAGGAGCCUGCUCCAUCCCAAGCAAGUCCACAUGAGGGAGAGGAGGAAGAUGAAGCAGAGAUGGCCUCGGGACAGGCUCCCACGACACCAUCAAAGUCCCGUGUGACCAAACGAUUCGACCCCUUUGCUAUUGAAAAGGUGUGGGUUUUUGAGACCGUUGCACGUUUAGGCGUUCCAGAGGUCGUCAAGAAAUGGGAAAAAGAACAGGCUGAAAAAGCCGAGAAAGCAAAGAAACCUGCCAAAAAGCCUCCAAGUCGACGAACGGGACCUAAAAAGAAGGGACCAAUUGAUCCUGGGAUGAAACGAGGAAGUAUCCUAAAAUACGGAACACUCACCAAGGAAACGACUGAACUAUCGGUAUCUAAGCAGACACAUUUGCUGGAAGCAGCUACUUCGAAAAAGUCUAUCGGGAACCCUCUUUCCAGGCUUGAAUCUGGUGCUGGCUCUACUUCACCCAUCGUCCUGGACAUGGGAGAUGAUCCAUUUUCCCCGAGUAUGUACCCCCAGCAAGGUGCCACGUCGGUCAUGUCCAACUCACUCCAGGAGGUGGACGACCUCCUUGAUUCUUUUUCAUCUAUUGCCCUGUCCCCUUCUACAAACAUCAAGCGUCACCCGAUGGCAGCCCAGUCUCGCAUCAGAUCAAGGCGUGAACUUUUGAGCACCGAUGGAAUGGAGAUUGAAGAGUCGGAAACUCGACUGGCCGAAACAAGCCACAGCCCAUGCAGGUCAGCACGAACCAGGGGGCUCAAAAUGAGCUAUUCCAUUCUAGAUAACUAUCACUCGGAAACCUCGACAGAGGAACGACCAGCUAGGGCUUUGACGGCCCUGCCAUCCCCAUCGAAGAAGACUCGAUCUAAGACAAAGACAAGAUUCGAGCCUCAGUGCGAAGAGGGAAGCCUCGACAUCGAGGAAAUCGAAAGGGCUAUUGAGACACUUUCGCUGUCAAUGAAACUUAAUGAUAGCGGCGAAGAUGCAUCAACUGAGCCAAUGCGCCAACUGUCGCCGAAAAAGGCAAAGGAUUCUAAAGUCCUUACGCGUACCACCAAGACCGAAGCCGCCAAACCAGCUCCGCUUCUCAAGAAGACAUCACCCGAGUCCAAACAACAAUCAAGCUCAACGAAUUUACUUGCAUCAAAAGAUAACGAAUGCCACGAGCAUGUGGCAUUAUCGAAAAAAGACAAAAAGGAUGCCGAGAAGCCAAAGAAGACCACCAAGGCCUCCAAAGAUACCCUAUGCACCAAACAAGAGCAAAAAACAGUUGGUCACUUAGAGAACGUCACCAUACACAAUGGUUUUUGGAGCAUCGAAGCCUCGCCUGGGGACCCAGCAGACCCAUCUGGAGGCAACAAUAGAGCUCGAAGUGGCAAGAAGAGGAUCCCACGCGUGAGCAUCCUCGACUUAGUUUAG